AAUCAAAACAUAUUAAUAUAGGCAUUAAUUAAAUAUGUUAUUCCAAAACGUAUUUUCUAUAUGGUUGUUACUGAAUGUUUCUGUUUUAUCAUUACCAUUGCAUAAAGUUGAGUAUUAAUACUUUAUUAAUUGCUAUUAUUACAAUCUUUUUUACUAAUCUCUUUCUAUGCAGAUCAAUUUACGAGAUAAAAAAGUAUUCGAGAUUGCCUCUGAUAAUAAAGAUUAUGAUGAACAAAGUGAAAAUGAAAUGAUACAGCCUAAAGAAUUAAGAAAUUUAAACCUUUACAUAGAAGAUGAAAAUAGAUACAGACCACUACAUUCAUAUGUAGACAGUUAUAACAAACAUGAAACCAUAAAUAAAAUACAGCAUACAAAUAUGUAUUUCCAUUUAAAAUCAAAAACAUGGGAGAACUCUAAUAUAGGGGAAGAUGAUGCACCAUUUAUUGCUGGUUUUAAGGAAAAUCUUGAUAAAGUAAUUACUACUAGUUUAUCAUUAGAUAAUGAUAAGAAUGUAGCUUUAUUAAUAUUUACUUUCAGAUUAUAAAAGACAGGAAUUCAAAAUUUGCAAAAUAAUUCUUCUUUUUCAAAGAUAACUAAUGUUGCUGCUAAUAUCAAUAAGAAUAAAAGAUCAGUUUCUGCAAACAUAUUUGAAGAAGAUCCUAGAUAUGCUGAUAGUACAGAACC